UCUCGCUGACAGGCUGGUCAGACAUUUUGGGAAAACGAAAAGUCGUGGUUUCUGAAAAAAAGUAGAAAUUCUCCACUUAUUUUAGACAAGAUGACGACAGAAUUGGCGUUAAAAGAGCGUGGACAUUUGUACAAAAACAAAGGAAAAGAUGCCGAUGAAAUGCGUAGGAGAAGAACUGAAGUCACAGUUGAACUGCGAAAGAACAAAAGGGAGGAGCAUAUGUUGAAACGCAGAAAUGUUCCACUAACUGCUGACAGUACGGACAGUGAUGAUAGUGAAAGACCUUCAACCCAGUCGCUGCAAGAUAUCGUACAGAAUGCCUACAGUUCUGAACCAGCAGUACAACUGAAUGCAGUUCAAGCAGCAAGAAAAUUAUUGUCGAGUGACAGGAAUCCACCAAUUGAUGAUCUGAUAGCUUCUGGUAUACUUCCUAUUCUGGUGGAUUGCUUGACAAAGGAUGAUGAUGAUCCUUCUCGGCCGUCUCUCCAAUUUGAAGCAGCCUGGGCAUUAACAAAUAUAGCAUCGGGUACAUCUGCCCAAACAAGAGCUGUUGUAGAAGCAGGUGCUGUGCCUCAUUUCUUAAGAUUGUUACAAUCUGAUCAGCAGAAUGUACAGGAACAAGCAGUUUGGGCACUUGGCAAUAUUAUAGGUGAUGGUCCACAAUGCAGAGACUAUGUCAUCAGCCUUGGAGCGGUGAAACCUCUACUGGAAUUUAUCAAUCCCAACAUUCCCCUGCCUUUUUUACGCAAUGUGGCAUGGGUAAUUGUUAACCUUUGCCGAAACAAAGAUCCACCUCCGCCUGUAGACACAAUUCAAGAAAUUCUGCCUGCUCUUUGUGUACUUAUACAUCAUCAAGACAUAAAUAUCCUUGUUGACACAGUAUGGGCACUGUCCUACCUGACUGAUGGGGGAAAUGAACAGAUACAGAUGGUGAUAGAUUCUGGUGUUGUACCUUUCUUAGUGCCUCUCUUAAGUCAUGUUGAUGUCAAAGUACAGACAGCAGCAUUGAGAGCUGUGGGUAACAUAGUGACUGGUACAGAUGAACAGACACAGACAGUCCUCAGUUGUGAUGCCCUCUCACAUUUCCCUUCACUUCUUACACAUACAAAAGAAAAAAUCAACAAGGAAGCUGUCUGGUUUCUGUCGAACAUCACUGCAGGCAACAUGACACAGGUGCAAGCAGUUAUUGACGCAGGUCUCAUACCAAUGAUAAUACAUCAUCUCUCAAAGGGAGACUUCCAGACUCAGAAGGAAGCAGCUUGGGCAAUUAGUAAUCUUACAAUUAGUGGGAAAAAAGAACAGGUAGAAUAUGUUGUUCAGUGUGGAGUCAUACAGCCAUUCUGCAAUCUGCUCAGUGUGAAGGACACACAGGUUGUAAACGUCGUGCUAGAUGGCAUCAACAAUAUACUGAAGAUGGCUGGAGAUGAGGCUGACAGUAUUGGGCAGCUCAUUGAAGAAUGUGGAGGCUUGGAUAAGAUUGAAAAUUUACAAAAUCAUGAGAACGAAGAAAUCUAUAACCUAGCUUACCAAAUUAUAGAUCAGUAUUUCUCAUCAGAUACUGAAGAAGAUCCUUCAUUGAUGCCAGAGAUAAGCUCUGAAGGCUAUCAGUUCGAUCCAACAUCGUCUAUACCAAAGGAAGGCUUUAAUUUCUGACUAGAAGACAGUCGUGAUGUAGGCAAUGUGGUAGAAAUUUCUAGUGACCCUGUCCAGAAUCCUGCAGCCAUAUGUGAUACACUGGUGAACCAGUCUGUUCUUUUACCUGAGGGAGAUAACUCUAAUCAACUUUUAGUGAAAGAUGAUAUCUGUAGCAACGCUUCCACUUGCGGAUCAGAACGCUCUGUAAAUCAUUUAAACAGCUGUAGUUCUUCUGAAACUAGAUCCAGUAGUGUUGAUAUCAAUCAAAUAAUGGACGAGAAUGAAAAUUUUGAGAACAUCCCAGCAUCUGCUAGAGUUCUUUGGGCAGAAAGGUCAGGGGAGCAGCCUUUGGAUGGCGGCCCGGUUAGAAGUUCACGUGCUGUGGAACAGUUAGAGGCUGACCAUUUGGACCAUGCUUAUAUUAGAGGGAGUUACUCAAAUGAUCCUGAUCUACUGUCAUGGUAUUGCCUUGGCACAUGUUAAUUUUAGUCAUAUGUCGGAAGAAUAGGGGCAUUUAUGAUAUAUUUAACAGGCCAGCUAGCCGUCUGAAGUUUGAACUAGCUCGUUUGUUUAUUCUGUGAAAAUCAAGACCCUCCCAUUUUGGUUUAAAAUUAAGUAAAGAUUUGAAUUUACCCCAUCAUUUCUGUUUUGUAUGCAGCAUGGUCUUGUUUUUGUGAAUUUUUGAAAUUUUCUUUUUUAGCCCCACAUGUCUGUGUUUUACCUUUCAUAAUUUAUAGAACAAAUUUAGAUUUGAAAUGUUAUGUUAUUUGCAUAUCAUUUAAGAUAAUUAGUCCAAAUUACAGUUAGUUCCUUCCUGCUAAAGAUUUUGAAUAUUUGAUACAUGUAUUGUAUGCAGUGGCUGCUAAAUAUGAUGAGAAUUUUUACUCUUAUUUUUACAUAAUGCCACAAAUGGCUUCUUUUUAGCUCACCUGAACAAUGCUCAGGUGAGUGUUUCUGAUCGCUCGAUGUCCGGCGUCUGCCGUCUGUCUGUCAACAUUUAGCUUGUGUAUGCGAUAGAGGCUGUAUUUUUCAACUGAACUUCAUGAAACUUUGUCAGAAUGAUUACCUUGAAGAAAUCUAGGCCGAGUUAGAAAAGGGUCAUCUGGGCUCAAAAACUAGGUCACUAGGUCAAAUCAAAGAAAAACUUUGUGUAUGCGAUAGAGGCUGUAUUUUUCAAUUGAUCUUCAUGAAUAUUGGUCAGAAUGAUUACCUUGAUGAAAUCUAGGCUGAGUUCGAAAAGGGGUCAUCUGGGGUCAAAAACUAGGUCACUAGGUCAAAUCAAAGAAAAACCUUGUGUAUGCGAUAGAGGCUGAAUUUUUCAACUGAUCUUCAUGAAUAUUGGUCAGAAUGAUUAGCUUGAUGAAAUCUAGGCCGAGUUCGAAAAGGGGUCAGCUGGGGUCAAAAACUAGGUCACUAGGUCAAAUCAAGGAAAAACCUUGUGUAUGCGAUAGAUGCUGUAUUUUUAGCUCACCUGAGCAAUGCUCAGGUGAGUUUUUCUGAUCGCUCGAUGUCCGGCGUCUGUCGUCUGUCAACAUUUAGCUUGUGUAUGCGAUAGAGGCUGUAUUUUUCAAUUAAUCUUCAUGAAUAUUGGUCAGAAUGAUAACCUUGAUGAAAUCUAGGCCGAGUUCGAAAAUGGGUCAUCUUGGGUCAAAAACUAGGUCACUAGGUCAAAUCAAAGAAAAACCUUGUGUAUGCGAUAGAGGCUGUAUUUUUCAUUUAAUCUUCAUGAAUAUUGGUCAGAAUGAUAACUUUGAUGAAUUCUAGGCCGAGUUCGAAAAUGGGUCAUCUCGGGUCAAAAACUAGGUCACUAGGUCAAAUCAAAGAAAAACCUUGUGUAUGCGAUAGAGGCAGUAUUUUUCAAUUAAUCUUCAUGAAUAUUGGUCAGAAUGAUAACCUUGAUGAAAUCUAGGCCGAGUUCGAAAAUGGGUCAUCUCGGGUCAAAAACUAGGUCACUAGGUCAAAUCAAAGGAAAACCUUGAGUAUGCGAUAGGGGCUGUAUUUUUCAAUUCUUCUUCAUGAAUGUUGGUCAGAAUGAUAACCUUGAUGAAAUCUAGGCCGAGUUAGAAAAUGGGUCAUCUCUGGUCAAAAACUAGGUCACUAGGUCAAAUCAAAGAAAAACCUUGUGUAUGCGAUAGAGGCUGUAUUUUUCAAUUGAUCUUCAUGAAUUUUGGUCAGAAUGAUUGCCUUGAUGAAAUCUAGGCCGAGUUCGAAAAUGGGUCAUCUCGGGUCAAAAACUAGGUCACUAGGUCAAAUCAAAGAAAAACCUUGUGUAUGCGAUAGAGGCUGUAUUUUUCAAUUGAUCUUCAUGAAUUUUGGUCAGAAUGAUUGCCUUGAUGAAAUCUAGGCCGAGUUCGAAAAUGGGUCAUCUGGGGUCAAAAACUAGGUCACUAGGUCAAAUCAAAGAAAAACCUUGUGUAUGCGAUAGAGGCGGUAUUUUUCAAUUUAUCUUCAAGAAUUUUGAUCAGAAUGAUUACCUUGAUGAAAUCUAGGCCGAGUUCGAAAAUGGGUCAUCUCGGGUCAAAAACUAGGUCACUAGGUCAAAUCAAAGGAAAACCUUGAGUAUGCGAUAGGGGCUGUAUUUUUCAAUUCUUCUUCAUGAAUGUUGGUCAGAAUGAUAACCUUGAUGAAAUCUAGGCCGAGUUAGAAAAUGGGUCAUCUCUGGUCAAAAACUAGGUCACUAGGUCAAAUCAAAGAAAAACCUUGUGUAUGCGAUAGAGGCUGUAUUUUUCAAUUGAUCUUCAUGAAUUUUGGUCAGAAUGAUUGCCUUGAUGAAAUCUAGGCCGAGUUCGAAAAUGGGUCAUCUCGGGUCAAAAACUAGGUCACUAGGUCAAAUCAAAGAAAAACCUUGUGUAUGCGAUAGAGGCUGUAUUUUUCAAUUGAUCUUCAUGAAUUUUGGUCAGAAUGAUUGCCUUGAUGAAAUCUAGGCCGAGUUCGAAAAUGGGUCAUCUGGGGUCAAAAACUAGGUCACUAGGUCAAAUCAAAGUAAAACCUUGUGUAUGCGAUAGAGGCGGUAUUUUUCAAUUUAUCUUCAAGAAUUUUGAUCAGAAUGAUUACCUUGAUGAAAUCUAGGCCGAGUUCGAAAAUGGGUCAUCUAGGUUCAAAAACUAGGUCACUAGGUCAUAUCACGUAAAAACCUUGUGUAUGCGAUAGAGGCAGUAUUUUUCAAUUGAUCUUCAUGAAUUUUGGUCAGAAUGAUACCCUUGAUGAAAUUUAGACCAAGUUUGAAAAUGGGUCAUCUCGGGUCAAAAACUAGGUCACUAGGUCAAAUCAAAGAAAAACCUUGUGUAUGCAAUAGAGGCGGUAUUUUUCAACUGAUCUUCAUUAAAUUUAGCCAGAAUGAUUACCUUGAUAAAAUCUAGUCCGAGUUCGAAAAUGGGUCAUCUGGAGUCAAAAACUAGGUCACUAGGUCAAAUCAAAGAAAAACAUUGUGUAUGCAAUAGAGGAUGUAUUUUUCAAUUGAUCUUCAUGAAAUUUGGUCAGAGUGAUUGCGUUGAUGAAAUCUAGGUUGGUUUUGAAUAUGGGUUAUCUGAGGUCAAAAACUAGGUCACUAGGUCAAAUUUAAGAAAAAUCUUGUGUAUGCGAUAGAGACUGUUUUUUUCAAUUGAUUUUUAUGAAAUUCGGUCAGGUUUAUUGCCUUAAUGAAAUCUAGGUCGAAUUUGAAUAUGGGUCAUGUGAGGUCAAAAACUAGGUCACUUGGUCAAAUCAAAGAAAAAACUUAUGUAUGUGAUAGAGGCUGUAUUUUUCAGUUGAUCUUCAUGAAUUUUGGUCAGAGUGAUUGCCUUGAUAAAAUCUAGGUCGAGUUUGAACAUGGGUCAUCUAGGGUCAAAAACUAGGUCAUAUCUAAGAAAAUGCUUGUUUUAUCGCAAGAGACCAAUUUUUUGGUCCAAUCUUAAUGAAAAUUGGUCAGAAUAUUUGUUUCCAUGAAAUCACUAGGUCAAACAUGUUUUACACUGUUAUGGAGUGUUUCUUAGGUGAGCGACCUAGGGCCAUCUUGGCCCUCUUGUUCAAUUAAUCUUCAUGAAUUUUGGUCAGGAUGAUUGCCUUGAUGAAAUCUAGAUCAAGUUCGAAUAUGGGUCAUCUGGGGUCAAAAAGUAGGUCACUAGGUCAAAUCAAAGGAAAAGCUUGUAUAUGCCAUAGAGGCUGUAUUUUCAAUAGAUCUUCCUGAAAUUAAGUCAAAAUGAAGACUUUAAUAAAUUCUAGGCCGAGUUCGAAAAUGGGUCAUCUGGGAUCAAAAACUAGGUCACUAGGUCAAAUCAAGGAAAAAACUUGUGUAUGCGAUUGAGGCUGUAUUUUUCAAUUGAUCUUCAUGAAUAUUGGUCAGAAUGAUUGCUUUGAUGAAAUCUAGGCUGAGUUCGAAAAUAGGUCAUCUGGGGUCAAAAACUAGGUCACUAGGUCAUAUCUAAGAAAAUACUUGUUUAAACUCAAGAGACCACAUUUUUAGUCCAAUCUUAAUGAAAAUUGACCAAAAUAUUUGUUUUCAUGACAUCACUAGGUUAAACAUGUUAACACUGUUAUAGUAUGUUUCUCAGGUGAGCGACCUAGGGCCAUCUUGGCCCUCUUGUCUUUAAAUUCAUUCCAGUAAUACAAUUAUUACCGUUUAUUCACCUCCGAAAAUUUUGAAAAAUUCAAGUAACAGCAAAAAAUGUAGUGUGAAUGACAAAUUAAUAAAAAAUACAGUAAUUGGAUGAAGUACCUUUUCUGUACAAAUGAAAGACUUUCUAAAGGUUGGUCUAGUAUUUGUUUUCGUUAUUGGGAGAUUUGGCGAAAGAGAGUUUCAGGGGAGAGAUAAGGGGUGUAUUUUAAAAUAUUCAGAGAUCCUUUUUAUUGGCUUUCAUAUUCGAACUGCUCUUGUCAACAGUGAGGGAGAGCUAGUGAUGUGAGAAAGGGGGAGAGAGAUCAGUAUUACAGAUAAUCAUGAAGUAUAUGCAUGACUUGAGCAGGCUUCUAAAUGCUGGUUAAAUCAGCAGGGAUUUUAAAGAAAACUGAUGAUACCUUAGUAAAUUUUAAUGUCCUAGAUGUUUUAAUCCAAUGUAAUUUAUGGUACGUUUUUAAUGAUUUGACAAAUCAUUUAGGUUUUCAUACAGUUUAACUAAAGCCUGGUUCAUUAAACAAGGCCUUUAAGGAUCUUGAGAUAGGACCUGGAUCAUUUGGGGAUGCAUCAAACAGAUUUUCGUCAGAGGAAACUGUCCAGCUGGCAGCUCGUGAUGAAAUCAUGCAUGGAGGGGCACCUGGGGUCUUCCUCCACCAUCAAAGCUGGAAAGUCGCCAUAUGACCUACAAUGGUGGCGGUGCGACAUUAAACCCAACCAAAAAAAAAAACACUUUCCAGUUGGUAUGCAAAAGAUUGGUGAUUCUACCAAUGUUGAUGCCAAGAGAUGCAUCUUGAACAUCUUUCACCAUCAAAAGCUUGGGAAGUUGCUGUAUCGUCUGAAUUAUGUUGAUGUGAUAUAGGGUAAGUUAGAAGACUUAGGUAGAAGUCAAACUACGGGCAUGUGUAAUUGAAAGUGGAAGUCACUUUCCAAUACCAACAGUCACUUGUGAAGAGUAUCUUUGAAUUGUACCGGUAAUAAAGCCUGCCAAGUUGAUGCAUAUAUGUUGUGGUUGUUAAAUAUACUUAAUUAAAACAGUUACUAUUUCUUGAUCUGUAAGAUCAUUAUGUACAAACAUGGUUUUUAUAUUGGAAUAGUCUUGUCAUGCUUUAAAUUAUGCAAAUGAAGUAUUUUUAUAGUGACCUUAGCUACUGGAUUGGAUAUAUGUUACCAAACGAUUCAGUUUUGCAUGCAAAUAAGGUUUCAAAAAGCACAUUUAAUAGUGCUUUUUCCAUUCCAAUUUAGCUCAAACAUGUCAAUAUUUGACAUAAAAAUGGUGUAUUAAUGUGUUCAGUGUAAGCUUGUAGAUAGAAAAUUGUGUAUUUUUGUUUUAAAUUCCUUUUAUUGUUUUGAAAAUAAGUAAUGGACUCUUUUUUAUUGUGCCCAUAAAAUCACAAUUUUUAUGAUGUAAAUAAUUCUACUAUUUAAGAUUUCCUGCCAUCAGUUUUUGAUGAUGAAUGUUGAGAACUGAGGAAUUAAGAUAUUUAAGGCAAUAGUAAAUUGUAAACCUUUGAUAAUGGCCACAAAAAGUGCUACUGUUCUUCUGCUUAAAAUACUCAACAGUAAUAAGUUUUUUUUCUUAACAGCAUAUUGAGAAAUUGAUCCUUAUAAUAGUUCAACUUUACCUGCAUGUGUUUUGAUAUUUGUUCAUUCACUAGAUUUUUCAGAACAAAUAUGUCCACAGUCAGUGAUUUGCAAUAAAUCAUUAUACCUGGGAGAGUAUUUCAGGGAGAGAGUUAAAGGGAGAUAAUUGAGUUUAUGGGGAGCUACUUUUAUUAAAAUUUGCUUACUUGUUUUUUCUUCUUUUUUUUUAAAGGAGCAUAUCUAAGUCCAAAUUUUUAAUCCAUAUGCUAGACAAAUAGAAAUUUACAUUUUCUAAGUGCAUAUUAGAAAAUGUGCAUAUACAGUUAAAUAUUUAAAGGAUUUAGUUCUUGUUUAGUUGAAAUUUAUUCUUAAGUAUGGAAAAUUUUCAACAAUGUUCCAUGAUUUUAUAGGCUUGUUUGAAAAGAUGUAUAGAUACUACUUUAACCUGUUAAAAGUGGAAGCAAGGUAGAAGUUUCAAGAAUAUUUUCAUGGUUUAGAACCAAUCAAAGGGUUUUAUACAGAAUGUGUAUCACUGUGAUAUCUAGUUCACAGUUGAUUACAGGGUAGUUUCAGCUAGUAUCCAGACAAGUACCGCAGAUUUAAAUUACUUUUUUUCAAUGUUUUAGUGUAUGUGUAAACAUGACUAGUUGUACUAACAGAAGUUUCUACAAUUUUCAUUGACAUUUUUCCAUGUUCCAGCCUACUCUGUUCGCCCACUAGGUAGAACACAAGAAUGUAAAAUAGAUCACAAGUUAGGUCCCUUGGUUAGGGUAUGGUCUGUAUGAUGUUUCGACAGAAGAUCCAUAGAGAUAGAGGAUGAAUGACUGUAUGUCUGAAGUCAAUCGUCCUCCACCUCCUAGUCAUGAGAGGAAAUUAGAAGUUAGUACUACUGGUGCUGUACCCAGGAGCACUGGUUAGGUGAACUAUCUUGUAUACAUAAAUUGUGUUGGUGAACUACCGUAUAAUUAUACAUAAAUUGUGUUGGCAAAACUGGAAAAAGAAAACAGACAUUUCCAUGUUCUGUUUGCAAAGUUUUAGAAUCAAGACUGUACUAAAUUCUGUUUGCUAUCAUGUGCAUAUUGUUGAUAUGCUGAUAUCAAAUUCUGUUUGCUAUCAUGUGCAUAUUGUUGAUACGCCGACUCUCUUGUUUUAUUCUUUGAAUAGUAAUCCGCUCAAGCUUUUGUCUUUGUAAUAUUUUCCAGAAAACUCGGAAUGUGUGGCACUCGAAUAAUAUGCCACAUGUAUUUAAUUCAAAGUUUCAUUGGUACAGGGAUAGGAAUAUGAUUCCAAAAGGCUCAAUGAUUAACACAACCAGAAUAAUUGCUUUUAAUACUUUUCACCUAUUUAACAGUUUUUCUAGAAUUGUAAUAUUGAACUAUCACAAUUUACAACUUUACUGUCCUUCAGAUGGCCUCUUAAAUUGAUUUGACAGUUUGGUGUAAAGUUUAGUCAGAAUAUUUCCCAAUUGGUGAUUUAAUUGCAAUAUCGUUUAGUUAUUUGUCUUGUUUUAUUAUUUGUUUCUCUGAUUGUUUUAUAAAAAAAUAUGUAAAUAAUGUAUAUAGAAUGGCUUGUAAAUAGAUGUAAAUAGAUCUCUACAGAAAUAGUUGUCGUAUGAUAAUUAUAGGCCUUUUUAAUCUGAUUAAUUUUAAUAAAUUCUGUCUAUAUACAAAUUCUGUAUUUAUCCAGGCUGUUCAAAGAGUAUAUGAUCUGGAAGUACGACGUGGUGCUAAUAUGGUCUUACAUCCAGAAAUUUGGUCUUGGUGAAUUUGAUGUAUGAUUUAAAUUAUAGAUUAGAAAAAAAAAUUCCUUGGUUUAAAACAUCUUGUGCAAUUUUUCCAAUUCCAUCCAUUUAGAAGGUAGGACUGUUUAUUAGUGGGAAAUGCCAAUCAUGUAUUGUUUUAUAGGGAGAUCCAAGUUUGGAUAUUUAACUUAGAGAAGGCUGAUUGUGUCUUGAGGCAAUCAAGUCUGCAUGAUUAUAGACACCAUUACUGUGCAUCCUGAUCAUAGAUACUCUAGUGCAUCUGAACAAAUUUUGAGAACGUACCUUAAUAAUGUUUAAGGGGAGUGUCCAUGUUUUCAUUUCUCAUGUUAAAGCUUAAAACUGGUUUUGUCCAGAUGGUUAACAAAAGUUUUCUUUUUUAUGCUUUAUUUGGUAUGGGAUUUCUUAAUUUUUAAAAAAAAUAUAAACACCAGAAUUUGAAUUGUUUCUCUAGAUGAAUGUUUAACACCUUCAUCCAUAAAUGAUAUGAGCCGUGCCAUGGGAAAACCAACAUAGUGGCUUUGCGACCAGCAUGGAUCCAGACCAGCCUGCGCAUCCACGCAGUCUGGUCAGGAUCCAUGCUGUUCGCUAACAGUUUCUCCAAUUUCAGUAGGCUUUAAAAGCGAACAGUAUGGAGCCUGACCAGACUGCGCGGAUGCGCAGGCUGGUCUGGAUCCAUGCUGGUCGCAAAGCCACUAUGUUGGUUUUCCCAUGGCACGGCUCAUAUCUCAUUUGGUUGUCCACAUAAUAUUGCGAGAUUUCACUGUUUGUUCUAAUUAAGAGUUUCAGAUCCAAUAUUUAGUUGUAAAAAAAAUGAAAGCCUCAAAAUAGAGAAAUGAAGUGGUAAUGUCACUGACUUUGAAUCACUUGCCCCUCACCUCUGUUGGUCCAAGCACAGCAGAGGUCGACAUGUCAGCUAUUUUGCAUAUGGUUAGUGGUUAUAACCAGGUGCCGGUCUGCCAUAACUUACACUUAAGUAGGGGCAGUAUGCGUCCUCCACCAUUUAAGCUGGAAAGCUGCCAUAUGGCGCCAUCCUUGUUGUUUAAAACCCAACAGAACAAGCAAACAAAUAUGAGGAAUGAAAGCAUGUUAUAACCUACCUUACUUUUGAGACAUUUAGAUUUAUUUAUACCUGUGCUUUGUUGAAAUCAGUCGUUCGUAGACGGGUAAUAUCAAGUUAGGAAGGCCAUUACUUUGAUUUUUAAACAUGCAUUUUGCCAUUGUUUUUAUUUAUGUUUAGAAUAAAUGUACAUUGAGUAUACAUGUAUGUGUUUAUAUGUCCGAUAUGUAUUAUUUUUAGAGCAUCAGCAUUUAUGAAACCAGUUCUUUGAUAUCUGUUGGAAUUUAAAAGUGAAUUUAAAAGCGCCUAAAAUUGCUUAUUGAAAAGACUAAGGAAAGUAUUGAAUUAGUUUUUACCGGUAAUUUGUCUUCUAUAAUUUUCAUGAAAUGUUAUGCAAGCAUGAAUACACUACAAGUAACCUUUACUGUAAAAAAAAAAUAACAUGUUUGGGAGUAUAUUUCUUCUGGAAUUUAUCACUCUAAGGGUAAGUUUUUAAGCAAAAGCUUACUGUAAAAUCAUAUAAUUUCAUGGGCAUGAAAUUUCGUGGUUUUGGUCAAAUUGGCAAUUUAAUGGAGAUAUGAAUUCGUGGAUUUCAACUUUUAAACAUAUAAUGAAUGGGAAUUUUACUUGUUUGUUUGGAUUAAAUUUUGUGGAUUGACUCAACCAUGAAAUCCAUGAAAAUUAGUCCCCCACGAAUAUUGAUUUCACAGUAUACAAUGUAUGAUCCCCCUUUCUGCUGAAACUGUUUGUUUUUACAGAAUGCAGCAGUUUUUUCGUUUUUAGCUCACCUGUCACAAAGUGACGAGGUGAGCUUUUGUGAUCGCGCAGCGUCCGUCGUCCAUCCGUGCGUAAACUUUUGCUUGUGACCACUCUAGAGGUCACAUUUUUCAUGGGAUCUUUAUGAAAGUUGGUCAGAAUGUUCACCUUGAUGAUAUCUAGGUCAAGUUCGAAACUGGGUCACGUGCCGUCAAAAACUAGGUCAGUAGGUCUAAAAAUAGAAAAACCUUGUGACCUCUCUAGAGGCCAUAUUUUUCACAAAAUCUUCAUGAAAAUUGGUCAGAACGUUCACCUUGAUGAUAUCUAGGUAAAGUUCGAAACUGGGUUACAUGCCAUCAAAAAUAAGGUCAGUAGGUCAAAUAAUAGAAAAAUCUUGUGACCUCUCUAAAGGCCAUAUUUUUCAUGGGAUCUGUAUGAAAAUUGGUCUGAAUGUUCAUCUUGAUGAUAUCUAGGUCAAGUUCGAAACUGGGUCAUGUGCGGUCAAAAACUAGGUCAGUAGGUCUAAAAAUAGAAAAAUCUUGUGACCUCUCUAGAGUCCAUACUUGUGAAUGGAUCUUCAUAAAAAUUGGUCAGAAUGUUCAUCUUGAUGAUAUCUAGGUCAAUUUUGAAAGUGGGUCACGUGUCUUCAAAAAGUAGGUCAGUAGGUCAAAUAAUGAAAAAACCCUGUGACCUCUCUAGAGGUCAUAUUUUUUAAAGGAUCUGUAUGAAAGUUGGUCUGAAUGUUUAUCUUAAUGAUAUAUAGGUCAGGUUUGAAACUGGGUCAACUGCAUUCAAAAACUAGGUCAGUAGGUCUUAAAAUAGAAAAACCUUGUGACCUUUCUAGAGGCCAUACCCUUGAAUGGAUCUUCAAGAAAAUUGGUCAGAAUGUUCACCUUAAUGAUAUCUAAGUCAAGUUUGAAACUGGGUCACGUGCGGUCAAAAACUAGGUCAGUAGGUCAAAUAAUAAAAAAAAACUUGUGACCUCUCUAGAGACCAUACUUUUCGUGGGAUCUGUAUGAAAGUUGGUCUGAAUGUUCAUCUUGAUGAUAUCUAGGUAAAGUUCGAAACUGGGUCAACUGGGGUCAAAAACUAGGUCAGUAGGUCUAAAAAUAGAAAAACCUUGUGACCUCUCUAGAGGCCAUACUUUUCAUGGGAUCUGUAUGAAAGUUGGUCUGAAUGUUCAUCUUGAUGAUAUCUAGGUCAGGUUUGAAACUGGGUCAACUGCGGUCAAAAACUAGGUCAGUAGGUCUAAAAUUUGAAAAAUCUUUUGACCUCCCUAGAGGCCAUAUUUUUCAGUGGAUCUUCAUGAAAAUUAGUCAGAAUUUUUAUCUUGAUGAUAAUAGGUCAAGUUCAAAACUGAAUCACAUGAGCUCAGAAACUAGGUCACUUUGUCAAAUAAUAGAAAAAACGACGUCAUACUCAAAACUGGGUCAUGUGGGAACAGGUGAGCGAUUCAGGACCAUCAUGGUCCUCUUGUUUCCCAGAUUUGAUCAAAAUUCCUUAUUGUACCAGUAAUAAAAUGUCAUUUUAUUACAAAAGUUAUAUCAAAGUAACUACGGAUGAUUAUCAGAAAUGCAAAUCAUUGUAAAGAAACAGAUGUCUUUUGGAUGAAAUCGUGCUGUCAUUAUUUAUAAUAGGUGGUUGACAGUUUUGACGAAAAUACUGCUAAAAUUACCAGUGCUAAGGGUUGGGUCAUCUUCCCAAAUUUGUGAAGAAAAACUCUUAAAUUAGGCAGAGCACUGGACACAUGCCUCAUAUUGUUAACAUCUUACUAGAUGAGUAAUUCUUAACUUGAACCUUUAUUGUGUAGAAGUGCAUUCUCUGAGUUUCACUACAUGUUUACAUAGUAGAAUGCUGUCAUGUCCCAAUUUAUAAGAAAUGAUAGAUGUGAAGGUUUUUUUAAUGAUUUAAAACUUGGCAUCACAUGAUACGGAAUUGUACUUCAAGAAGACACUUAGAAUGUAUAGUGUGGAUAGGUUAAUACUAAAGUUCACUUUAGCAUAAUUAGAUUAAAAGACUUCUUUCUUUUUACUAAAAAUGUAUGUUGCAGGUCACUGUCUAUGAAGAGUAUUAAUAACUAUGAAAACAGUGAAAUGAUGCUACUUAAAAUCUGAAAAUAUUUUUCAAUUUCUUUUUAUAUUCCAUAGUGGCAUUUGAAUGUUAUAUUGUCUUUAUAGAAGUGUUUAUAUGUGGACAUUGCAGUUAAUUCAUUCUCCACUGUCCAAUACUUGCUACCUAGAAUUUUGUCCCUUAGAUAUGUUAUACAGUUCUCUGGUUUCGCCUGGUUCAAUAAGGAGUUGCAAGUCAAAUGAUCUCAAUAAUGUGUUAACUGUGACAGAAGUUGGUUUAUCUUAUCCUGAUAUCAUACAGGAAAAAUAACUUCAGAUUGUCAGAAUCACUACCAUCAACGGAUUGUUUCAAAGUAUGUUAAAAGUUCCAUAAGGUUUUAAAUUUUAUGUUAAAAACUGAUGACACAGCUAUCCAAAUAGAUGUUAUGCAUAAUUUCACAGUCAAAAAGGUGCUACUUUUAAUAUUGCACAUGGGCUAAUACAGUUUGAGCAACAAAGGGAGGUAAUAAAAAAAGUGAGAUUCAGUAAAACUUUCUUCUGUGUUCAUCAGUAUUUAAACCCUUGACAAAUAUUAGAAAAAACUAUUAUCAGAAAUAGGAUUAAACAAGAUUCUAUAUACAAAUGUAUUUUAUCUUCAUCAUUAAAAAUGUUGCAGCCACAUUUGAAACAAAGGCGUUAUGAGCCUUUUAUAGUAAGGGAUUUGAUCAUUUGAACAUUCUUUCCCACUAGGUGGUAAUAUUGUUCUUACUCUGGUGUAGUUGUGAUCUUUCCCUCUUUUCAUUUGAGUUUACUACUUAAUGCCUUAUUACCCUUCAUAAUUUUAAGUUCUGUGAAAUUGUUUAACAUCAUGGGCAUAAAUUUUAAUGGUUUUGACGGACACUGUUAUUUUAUGGAUUUCAGAUAUCUUAGUUACCUUCAAACUAUAUCUAACUAAGUGUAUUAAUGCAACAGUAAAAUCACUAAAAUGAGUUCUUCACAAAUUAUAACAAUUUCACAGUAUCCCGUCUUUGUCUUCAUAGUUGAUCUUAACAGUUAGCCUGCUGGUGGCAAGUGAUUCUGCCUGUGCGACCAGUGCAGACUAUUAAAGAUCAGUCUGCAUGUUUGUGUAUGCUGAUCCUGGUUUGCACUGGUUCGCUAUUCAGUCAGUAAAUAAUAAAUGGUAUUGCCCAAAUUAAAUGAUGGACCAGGCCAUUCUAGGAAUUUAGCAGGUUAAAGGCUAAAAGAUAGAGAAUGAAUCAUUGUAUGCAUGAUGUUUUUCUAUGCUAGAAGUCUGGUGUAACAGAGUAAUGCUUUGUGUCUGUACUUUGUGAUUUUCCAUUCAUGAUUAGUUAGGCUAAUGAAGUAUUAUUUCAAGCUGUAGACAUGCCUUGGAAUGAGAAUGAUUACAUUAUUUAUUUAUGGCUUGACUUUUCCUGGUAGCUGCUGUAAUCCUGUGAUACCUUGAUAAAGUUUGCAUAAAUAUCCUUUUUGAAAGCAUCUUUCCUUGGCUUUGACUCGCCUUGUUCCUGUCAACAGAGUUGCAGAUUUAUGCACACCCAGAAUCUUGAUAACUUUUGAGCUUGUCAGUGCUGAGAAAAAAUCAGCCAGACAUUUGAGCCUCACCAUGGGAAAAUCAACAUAGUGGCUUUGUGACCAGCAUGGAUCCAGACCAACCUGCGCAUCCACGCAGUCUGGUCAGGAUCCAUGCUGUUUGCUUUCAAAGCCUAUAGUAAUUAGAGAAACUGUUAGCGAACAGCAUGGAUCCUGACCAGACUGCGCAGAUGCGCAGACUGGUCUGGAUCCAUGCUGGUCGCAAAGCCACUAUGUUGGUUUUCCCAUGGCACGGCUCAUUUUUUUAAUGUGUUGCAUUUACCACACAUCUGUAGUGUACAAGUUAGAACUUGUCACAAAUCCAGAAAGAAAAGGUUGAAAAAAAUAGAUGCAUGUAGUAUUUGAAUGCUGCAGCUGUUAACUGAAUUCAUACUUGUAAAAUUAUAUCAGUGUGUUUCUUAAGACCUUGCCUCACUGCAAAUGUUUAGCAAUAAGUAAGAAGUGGGUGCAUGUAAUAUUGGCUUAUAAUAGACUUUAUCAAGGUACUUUGUAAACGUAUAAUUUUAAUAUCAUUUGUAUAUUGUUGUUAAUUUUUUGCUAUGUUCAUUUUUUGAAAAAACAAGGUUAAAUAUUGCUGAAAAUGGCAAGAGAUUUGGAACACCAAGGCAGCUUAUAGUGUUUUAAUAAUAAGCAUGAUUUUGGUCUGUUUGGUAUUUUAGCCCCUAUGUGCACAAUAAUUUUUUUGUGGGUAAGAAAAUAUUGAAUUUCAAUUUUUCCUUAGGACGAAAACAAUGUUGUUUUUUUUGUAUCUUUGGUAGUUUGUCAUCUUUGCACAUGGUAUUUAGAACACAAAAAAUGAUAGAAUUUAGAUGUUUCAAUGAAUAUGCAUUUAGCAAUAGGUUGGUUAUUUGGUUACUCAAAAAAUUGUUGUAUUAUAGUCCAUCUUGUUUACUCAAAGGAAUUUACGGCUUUCUGUCCAGGAAAAGAAGAAAGAAUAGUAAGUUCCAAAUAUUUUGUAAUCCAGUGUGGAAGUUUUAUCGAACAGACCAAACUGCUGCCGUUCAUGUUUAUAAACACGUCUGAUUAAAGACGACCAAAUAUCUCUGAAGCAAUAUAGCUUUAUUUACCUUGAUAUAUGAUAUUUUUAGAAGUAUGUUAAGUCUUUCAUUUUGUUUUUCUGAAAAUUCUCAGAAUUUUUAUGGAAACGUAGUUUUUGAAAAUGUCAAAAAUGUGUCAUUACUUGCAUGUAUUUUAGACAUGCUGAACUACAAAUGAAUAAAGCAAUGAAAAUUGUGUUACAAAAAAGAAUGAAUAAAAUAGGAAGAGGUUGCCAAGUUAACUUGGCGACUUCUUCAAAAAUCAUUCAAAAUGAUAAA